GCCACCGCCAUGAUGAAGGGAGCACUGCUUGUGCUGGCCUUGAUGGUGACCAGAGAGCUGAUCUUCCAGACGAGUGAGGCGGAAGCCUGCCCUGUUUUUUAUGGAGUGUUUAGCACACUGAUCCUUGGAAGCAAAACGUUGUUGAAUACAACACUUGAUUUUGUUGCUGCUACCGAUGAGGAAAAAGCAGCUCUAGGAAAAAUCCAGGAUUGCUACAAUGAGGCAGGAAUUGAUGACAAGGUUUUGGAUCUGCUACUCAUGGUAAUUUACCCGUCCUUAACCCCCACCCUGAGAAUUCACAUGCGGCAUAGUGUAAUGUGCCACACGGUAAUAGAUCAUGCUGUCAUGGGAUAUGUGACAGAGAAGACCUAUGAACAAAGAAGCACAAUAAAACCUUUGCUCCAGUGUGCAUCACCUAUAAUAUGCAAGCACAAUCCACCUGCACAUCCAGCAUCCCGUUACCAAACCUGUUCAUAUCAUGCCAAUUAACUCACACGGAGUAGGGGACUGAUAUCAAUGUAAUAUGCUAAGUGUGUUGACUUGUGUGAUUUUUUUUUUUCUAGUGUGAGAGAUGCUAGCAUUGGAGGACUAGAAUUUUAAUCUUUGGCAGGAAACCAACCAUUUAAUAUACACAUGUGUAGGAGUCAUGCCAGCUCUAUAUAAGGAAUAUUGAAAAGGAGCCCCUGCCUUAAGAGUCUCUUUCCAGGAUGAGAUUCUCUGGGUUUGUAAGGUUUAUGACUUAUCGCCAAUUCACUUCAUCUUGUGCCCACUCUAUUGGCCAUUGCUCUGGCUCAGACCCCUAUUUCCACUGACAUGGUCUCUGUGUCUACAAGCCGGAUUUUCCACUGUGGUGUUUUGGUGCCUGAGACUCCUGAGGAGGCUUCUAGGUGCCUGUGGCUGCUCACUUGGGCUAGCAAUGUAUCUCUUAAUGGCCUAGCUCUUCUUUCUUGUUCUUGUCAUACAGUAUUGGAGAUUGUGAAUAGUCUCUCAGCUUAUUUUUCUCAAAUUGUUAAUUGUUCAAAAUGAGAGGUUUUCAAGAACCAAAGUUUCAUGCACUAAUAGGAGGUCACAGGGCACAUGGGGUUGUUUACAAUACCUGCAUGUAUAUUUCAUCCACCCAGCACAUCUGACAGAAGAGGAUCAGGUGCAGAAUAUGUGACCCAAACCUAGAUACCAGCACUUUGCUCCUCCAUUAGGACCAACCCUGGCUGUGCCCUGCUAACCCUUGUCAUCUCCUCCUCUCCCUGGUGUGGCUGGUGACUCUGUCUCCAUCCUGACACCUGUGCCUGGGCUCUUAGGGAGCCAUCUUCCCCCUGGUGCCUGAUGGCAGCCCCCCUCCAAUGGUGGGUCUGUGGGCAGAGGUUCUUACUGGGGAUGGGGCUGAAUCCCUGAGGGUGAGGGGUGACAUGAUCCUGGGGAGACAGGAUAGCCUGGCUGUGGGCUCAGAUCCUGUCCCU